AAAGUAAAUCCUGGCUUACCACGGUUCUACAACACAGCUUGCAUUGAGGCCUUGUCACACAUCCCCCCAUCACUCAUUCGGGACGCAGUGUUGACCAUUGACGGCUCAUACAGCUGCAUUCUGACAUAUACAACCGUGUCACGGGCAUCAGGGCAAUUGACAUCAGUCAAUCACAGCCUCCUGUUGUGUGUAUGUAUCCGUACCUUCUCUUUGAACUGUCAUCUACAACAGUUAGUGUGAACUUGGUGAAAUUGACUUUGACAGAAGGUGCAUCGUUUCAGUUCACGGUUUCUCCCAUAUUGAACCUCUGUGUUCAAUGGAACAGGUUAUAACGUGCUCAGAAAUUACAACCGGCUAUCUGUCAUUACUGCAGUCUACCGUUAGAUGACGAGCUGAAACUGAUGACCACAGCAAAUUAUCAGAAGUAGAAGUUGACCUGGUCCUUCACAACCUCAUCAAUCUCAGACUCGACCGUCUUGCCCACUUGGGCGAUAGCUGUUAAACAUGUAUCGACGAACAUGGAAGCCUGACUGUUUAUUGUGAAUUGGGAUACACUGAAGACAUUAAUUAUCAGUAAAGUGAAGUCACCUAGGACCAGAAAACAGAUUGUUACUAUCGUUUGAAAUCAGAUUGAUAAGUGUACAACACCUGCUCAUAAGAGUCUGUGAGAUCACACAUCGGAACUGGCGAUCCGCUCAAUUAAUAUUAUCCUGUUAUAUUUGACGCGUCAGAUAAUCAACCAUCCCGUUGAUUUACACCUGUUGGGGGAACGUUGAACCUAACGUUGGCCGUGCUACGGGAGUGCAGGUGGAGCAAUCAUCGCACCUGGCGCAGAUGUUGUCAUAGCCGAGUGUAACAGUGUGAAGCCAAGCCCUAGCUCGGUCACAUCCUAAUAUUGACGCCCGGGCCUACUGCUAACACAGAAACAUCCACACUACUACCGUUUCCUCUACCAAUUGUCAACACCGUCGGUGGCCCGUCCACUUCCCCGCCACAACAUCGUGAGAAGACGUGCAAGACCCCGGCACUCUCAUACCUCUCCUGGACGAUUGCACAGGACCAGAGCGGCGCGCGCCGGGUGUGACGUCACAAGCUCUAGCCUAGUUAACGGAAAACACCGUGGUGCAACUAGAAUCUUUCUUCCGACCGAGCACUUGCGAGGCUUCAUCCACCGUCCACGAUGUUGAUGUCAAGUGUUUUCUGGAUGAUGCUGUCGUACCCUUUCACCGUCGUGAUGACGUUCCUCAGCACUGUCGUCCUCACCGCAGUCGUCUACGUUAAGACACUCUUCAGACCCAAAGAAUCGAUUCCCAGGCUGUACUUCCGGGAUUCCGCCAUGGCGCAACACAUCGUUAACAAAUGCACGUCACUGCGCCGACCUAUGAGACUUCCGGUCUGGCUACAGAAUGCGCAUGUGCAGACACUUUGUGGCUUCUUUUUAAAACUUUUCAGAACUCAAUUCCGUAGAGAAUAUGUGCAGCUCGAAGAUGACGGAGUUGUCGCCCUUGACUGGACCGCGACCUCGCGGUAUAUGGGCAACGCUACGGCUAUUAUCAUCAUUGUGCCAGACCUUAAUGGCGACGCCGCCAGUAUGGCGCAGUACUGCAGCGUCUUUACCUCCAGAGGGUACCGCUCCGUUAUCUUCAACCGUCGUGGUCACGGCGGGUCCUUCUUGACUAGUGCUGGGCUCGAGGCUUACGGCUGUUGUUCGGAUCUCCGCGGUGCCAUACAAUCUCUCCGACACCGCUUCCCUGGCUCUCCCAUCGCCGGACUCGGGGCUGGAGCGGGCGCAGAUCUACUCAUGUCCUACUUAGGGGAAUUCGGCUCUUCAUCCCUUCUAUCCUCAGUCACGUGCAUUUCACCAACAUAUGAUUCCGAGGAUGUGUAUAUGAACAAAAUUCCUAAAAUAUACGAAAUGACAUAUCUAAUGUAUUUGAAAAAGAUUUUGGGACGCCAUGCGGAGAGUUUUUCUAACGUUGUUGAUGUUGACGCUGCCCUCCGCGCUUGGAGUUUCAAGGACUAUGAUUCACACGUGUACAGCAAGCUCGGCGGAUAUCCGGGACUUGAAGAAUACUGGGAAGAAAAUUCGCCCAUGCGAGAUGUGGACGAGAUUUCAGUUCCUGUGUUGUGCAUCAACAGCAUGGAUGAUCCAAUCAGUGUUAAAGAAAACAUUCCUUAUGACUUGUUCAGAUCUUCUCUCAAUUUCUUCCUAGUCACUUUAGAGAGAGGCGGACAUUGUGGAUUCUACGAGAAGGCCACGGGUUCUGCAUGGACAGUGAAACCAGCUCUUGACUUCAUCGAUUCUGUGUUCAGUUUCCCUUCAGCCAUUCCAGCGACGCAAAGGAUUGUUGGCGAAAGGGCCUGGCAAAGAUGAACUACCCCCCUUGUCGCUGACGCAGCGUGAUCUAGUCACAUGACACGACUCUUCCCGAGUCGUGUCGCAGUCGUUGAGCUCGGAAUGGCUUCUGGGGAAGUACUGACGAAUUCCUGUUUGACAAAACCGCACAAGACCAAAGACAGACCGUGAACUGCACAGACAACUGCACACGCAACUGCACACGCAACUGCACACGCAACAGUUGAAAGCAGAGAAGUCAGAUCUGGCGAAGUAGUUGCGUGCAGGACUGUUAUCUGUUACUCUCCAGCUGACAAUGGCGUAUGACGUCAUGAUGGUGAUGACGUGCGCUACAGAGGAACAUUCAGAACUGUUCGAUAGUGGCGUUGGCAUUGGUCAGAGCACAACUUUGUAUUUCGUUUCAUCGGCUUUGACAGCAGAAGGUGUCACAAAGCUUGUCUCAAAUGACGAUAUGUUUCGUAAAAUUGAAGCCAUCAAGAAAAUUGUUAAUUGGAGAUAUAAAUUGCAGUAGCGCUUGGUUGCACCGAGGUGAUUACUUGUAUUUCACCAAACAAGGAUCUACCCUGUUGACACUAACGCUAUGACUGGCCAUUUGUGUUCUAGCGAGUAAAUUCACAGAAGGAGACAUGAACAAACUACGACCAAGUCCAGCGGGUGACCUUCGAUGGAUAGAUGUCAUGACAGAUCGGAGCCAUGAAAGACAUUAGCCUGAAAGGCAUUGUUUUGAAUACCACAAGUCCAUGAAAGUAUUUGAUGAUAUACUAGCUGCAGGCAUUUUGUAUUGUCUAAAGAGAAACGAUCAGCCGUCAUUAAUUAUAAAUUGUUUGUCUUUAAAUGGUUUCAGAAAAGAAUCGAUCGGGUCUUAUACAGUGUUUCGGGUUAAUAGGAAGCUCCGGUACAUGGUAACCAUGGUAACUUUAAAAACUGUGUUCAUGCUUUGAUGAGGCUUUGAUAAAGCAGUUCUGUGAAGAUGAGUGGCAGGCUGAAGCAGCUCUGCGGUGUACAGUAACCUCAAGGUGACCUCUGAGAGUGGUGCGCAUGGCCAGGCUGGCCCUGGUUACAUGUGGUUACGUUUUGUUACAUUUAUAGAAAUGUUAUCUUAUGGUGUAAUGUUCGCUGUUAUUGCUGCAAUGCCGACAUUCCUGUGAAAAGUUUAAUUCAUCUGUGAUGUACAUAUUAUAAUAAAUUAUUAUAUUACAUAACUUUAUAAUAAAACUGAAU